AUGUUUUCUAAUACAAAUCAUUUUCAUGAUCGGAUGGGAUCAGAGGAGUUGAGGAAUCAAUUUGUAUCGAAUGCAAAUCCCCAUCAUUCUAAGGACAAUUUAAGAGGUAACGGCAGCUACGUUACGGACGAAGACGAUAGCUCAUUUGUAUUUGGUGAUACCACUAAUUUAGCACCGUACCCAAAGUCUAAGGGUUAUUCUGGCAUUUCAAAAAAUUCAGACACUUCGAACGCAAAUACGCAUGAAUAUGAACUAGACAGAUUGCAAUCAUCAUACAGCAUUAAUAACAGCUCAGCCGAGAAUCCGUUUAAUCCAAGCCAAGGAGGCUAUCCAUAUAAUAGCUAUGAUAGGCCGAAAGAAAAUCCGUUUAGAGAUCAGUCAGUACCUGAAUUUCCACAACAAGAAUACAAUCUUUUUGAACCACAUAGAGAACAGCCUCCCAUACCCGUUGACGACGAAUACGAGAAGAUGAGAAAGAAUGAGAAAGCCAGGUUGAGACAGUUGAGAAGAAAGCCAAGAUUUCAUUAUACAAAGUUACCAUAUUUUACGAUGCUAGUGACAUUAAUUCAAGUGAGUGUAUUUAUUGCAGAAUUAGCCAAGAUGUCUAGUUUGACAGGUUCAGCAUUUCAAACCAAACCUUAUUUUAAUCCGAUGUUGGGUCCAUCUACAUACUUGAUGAUAAAUAUGGGUGCUCGUUAUGCACCAUGUAUGCAACCUAUUAAGGGUAUAACCAAUGAUACGACUAUUAAUUUCCCAUGCCCUAAUUCGACUACCACUGAAACAAAUGUGUGUUCAUUAAAUGAGUUGUGUGGAUUAAGUGGUAUACCGGUAAAGGAUGAUGUUUACAAACCUCACCAAUGGUAUAGGGUUAUAACACCAAUGUUUCUACAUGCUGGUUUUUUGCAUAUAUUGUUUAACCUAUUAUUACAAGUCACAAUGGGGGCUUCCAUUGAGAGAAGUAUAGGGUUUAUAAAGUAUGCCAUCAUAUAUUUGAUGUGUGGUAUAUCAGGCUUUCUUUUGGGGGCUAACUUCUCGCCAAAUGGUAUCGCAUCAACAGGUGCUUCUGGUGCCUUAUUUGGGGUGGUGGCAACGAAUAUAAUAAUGUUUGUUUACUGUGGGAAGAAGAACACUAAUAUAUAUGGAACUAAAAAGUAUGGGUUGUUCAUAUUUAUCAUGAUUAUGGAAAUUGUCAUAUCAUUAGUAUUAGGGCUCUUGCCGGGAAUGGACAAUUUCAGUCAUAUAGGGGGGUUUGCAAUGGGUAUUCUCAUGGCUAUCCUUUUGUUACCAGAUCCAUUUUUUGUAUAUGUCGAUGGAAUCAUUACCUAUCACGCACGAGAUGAUACAAUGCAACAAUUUAGGAAUAAUUGGAACCCGAUGUACAACUGGGAAGACAAAAUACCGUCCAAAUUUUAUAUUUGGUGUGGUAUAAGAGUAAUGAGCUUAGUAUUGGCUAUAGUUUAUAUUGCCUUGUUAGUAAAGAACUUUUUUAAUGGUGGUGAAAAUCCUAUAGACAAUAAUUGUUCUUGGUGCAAAUAUAUCAAUUGUCUUCCUGUUAAUGGAUGGUGUGAUAUCGGUGAAGUAACCGUAGAGACAGAGGAUUCUUCUAAUUCUAAAAGAACAAUUGACUCUGAAAUGUUGUUUUCAGAGACAAAAAUGGAAAACCUAGAAGUACUUGGGAAUACUCAGCAUCUAAUCCAAGGAAAGAAUAGUCAAAUUUCAGCUGAUGGCUCAUUUUUUGAGUAUCAAAAUUCAAGUGCAGGGUUACUAUUCUGCUGUGUACUUGGAUUAAUGACUCUCAAAUUUUAUAAAUCCAAGAAACGGAUUUAA